AAAAUAUUUUUGUUCGAAUUUCUUCAUUAAAUUUUGUAUUCUAUAUUAUUUUAUCUAUUAAAAUACAACUGCACAUACACUGUAUAAGAAUUAGAAAACCACCGAACUUGCAUCUCAUCUUAUUCUGUGAGCCCGAUAAAGUGUGCCCCUGUCGGUAAGCAGAUAGGCAACCCAACUUGCUCAUGUGUAUGUUGCCGAAACACCCUGUACGUUGACAAAAAGCCGGCGACUCAACGUGCAAUUCGUUUAUCUUCACAAGUUUUAGAAACUUAAUAAUCGAUCGAUGAACGUUACUUGUUACUGACGAAGACGUGCAAAUUAACAGAGUUUUAUUCCCGUACUCAACGCGAUCGCGUUUCGGAAAUAGAUAACGUAAAAGUAAUACUAGGUACGGAGCGACGAACGACACUGCUUGCCGGCUCGAGGUACGGCGAGCGAAUGAUUGUGCGGCGACCUUCAAGUAAACAAUUUCCUACGUAGCGUCGGAAAAACCGCGCGGCAGUGCUUUUGUCCGGGGUGUUUAUGACGCUACGUCAUUUCUCGGAACCGGAGCUCGGCGAUUAACGGCCGGAAUGCAAAAACUUCUGCGAUUGAUAACCGACGAAAUUUUAACAUACACGGCGGGCAACAAAUUCACGUGGCUUUUACGCGUUGUUACCUGUUCGAUUUAACUUCGCGGACGAAGUUGCGCGUUCACGUUGUUACGAAACUUUAUCAUCACCGCAACAAUUAUAUUUUCCUUAUGAUGCAUUGAUAAAAACUAGUUGCAGCCGGAACGAAUUGCAAAAUUCGCUCCUAUAAUAUCGUAAUUAGCGAACUCGUUGGUCAGCUACCGUGCUCGAUCUGACCUCAGUUUUAGCAUUUUAAAGGGGGGGAAAAAAGCAAAGACCACGCGGAUUACGUCGGGGGAUCGAGAAUAGUGAGAAAGUUUCGCUUCAAUUGGGUGAACGACGCCGACGCUUUCAGGCGACGCCGGAAAUCGAGAGAACGUGGCCCGAUAUCCUUCGUGUUCCUGUUCGAUUUAACUUCGCGGACAAAGUUGCGCGUUCACGUUGUUACGAAACUUUAUCAUCACCGCAACAAUAAUAUUUUUACGUUAGUAGUAGCAACUCUGUUAAUCCCAGACGAAGCCGGGCGCGACUCUCGCUCGCGUUCUUGUGAUACUAGUUGAAUUAAGUUCAAUGAGCGAAAUGUAGAAUCACCUUUUUCAUUCGUCCCACCGUAAUUUUACGUCGUAGUUUUAAGAGACGGCGAGACCGAUGUAAUAUUUUAAUGCUCACGAAACCAGUAAGUUUUGCAAUUAUUUGAUAAAACGAUAUUUGCUGCGAAUUAAACGAAAUCCGUUAUUGAGCUCUACAAUAUAACAAUUUCGAAUCGCGGCGCAAAAUUGUAUAUAUAAUUCGCGCGUCGAAAAACUCACAAUCAGUUCCACUGAUUCUCUGUGUAAAUAUACCUUCGUUCCGCUGACUUUCGAUCCACCGAUUCUCCUACCCAUUGAUUCACAAAAUUCAAAUACCAUUAUGUACUCGUGGCGAACAAAUAUUUUUUUUAUGAAAGAAUAGCUUAAUCAAAAAUGCCUGAACGGGUCACGUUUCGCAGAGCAGACCUUUUGAAUCUCGAAAAUGGCUCGCGAAACGCUUCACGGGCUAAGGUACACAAUUUACCCGCAAUUAUUCCAUUCUAUCGAAUUACGGUAAUUAAACGUAAUUGGUUGUAUGUACGUUGUAUCGCGCAAGUGGCGAAAAUUAUCUGUCGCGUCAAGGAUUCAUGUAAUUUAAACGUAGAUGCACUUUGGUUGGCAGACAACGAUGGCCACAAGUCGCUCGAAAUUUUCAAGUCGCGUGAAAAAUUCAGAUCACUCGCGCGCGCGAGGAGUCUCAUUUUUCCUACGAUGCUUAAGCCACGUUGCUUUUUUUCCCAUUGUUUCAGACAUGCAUUGGCUCGUUUGCACCUGCAUCCUCACGGCGACGACGGUGCUUUCCUGCCGGCAGAGCGAGUUUCAGUGCGCCAACGGGCACUGCGUCGCCCUCAACAAAGUCUGCAACGUCGUCGACGACUGCGGAGAUGGGAGCGACGAGACGCGUCCAUGCUCGCCUUGCAAUAAAACGUACUACGGCGACGUGGGGAAGACGUAUGAUCUGGAAUUGCAUCGACCGAAGGAAGAUAAGGUGCCUUACAUUUGCAAGCUCACCUUCAACGCGCCAGGUGACGAUUUCGGUGAUAUCGUGCAGCUGACCUUCGACAGCUUUACUCUAGGCAAAUUCGUGUCGUUCACCGCGGAGGGAUGUCCCGACGGGUCGCUGCAAAUCUCGGAAGCGCAGCGCCCCGACGUCGGCGGUCUUUGGUGCGGCACGUCCUGGGGGCCCGCGAUCUACUACAGCGAAACACCCAGCGUCUCGAUUAUCCUCAAGCUGUUCAGGCUCAGCAAAGAUCAGACGGGAUUCAACUUCGACUUUAGAAUGGCGUACAAGAUGAUCAGGAAGUCCGACGCGGUGGUGCGCUACGGAAAUCCCUUCGUCGGAAUAACGCAGGUCGUCGGGACGCCGGCGUCGACCGAGCGCACGUCGUCCGCCGAGUACGCGAACACGUCGAUGGCGAUGCCGGUGCAAAUGGUCGAGCAACACGUGCCACCACCUACGAAACCAAGCUCCGAGCAGUUCUUAGGGGACCUAAUAUCCGGGACUUAUUGCUCCCGUAUAUUCACCGACUGCGACCGGAAGAAGUGCAGAUUGCAGUCGCCUAACUUCCCCGGUCUCUAUCCCCGCAAUCUCACCUGUUAUUACGCGGUGAGACAGCACGAGGUGCCGGCGGGCAAGCACGCCUUAAUACACGUGAAACAGCCCCGGGGCCAAUUGGUGGCUGUAAGGGCGCGACCAGCGACUCAGGCCGAGGCGCCACCCCGAGAACUGCGUCUCUGGCAGGAUUGCGACGUCGUUCAGGACUACGUAACAGUGUAUGACGGAUACACCACCAGGGAGCCAGUGAUCCUAAAAUUUUGUGGCGGCGGGGAGCCGGUGCCGGAGGCCAUCAGCAGCGGCCCGGAAAUCCUCGUGGAGUUUACUACCUCUCCUUACGGCACCUUCUUACACCCGACGCCGCCCCAUUCCCUGCAUGGGUUUCAAUUAGAAGUGCAAGUCACGUUCGUGGACGUCGAAUCACCGACCUACGCCAAGAACAAACGCUGCGAGUUCUGGCUGAGGGGCACCGGCGGCGGCAUCCUGGCGUCGCCCCGUCACUCACUGCCGAGGAACAGCACCUGCCUCUACCAUCUUCGCGGCGCCGGUCCCACCUUGCCGAGUCCGACGCCGCCGCGCCCGUUACCCAAGUUCCCGGAGCAGAGACCCGGCACCGUGUGGAGGAGACCGACUCCUCGGCCGCCGGAGCCGCAAUUCCGCGUAUGGCUGUCUAUCCUCAAGUUUCACGUGGGCACCAGUCUGUCUAGCACCGACGAGGACUGCUCGACGACGCUGAUGGUCUGGGACGGCGAGAUGAUGCCGCUGUCGGAAUGCAACGACGUCGCCUGCGAAAAAGAACGUCAGCGUUACGCUGAAAGAAUGGGCGACCCGAUUCAACCCGUUCUUGCGCGUCCCUCGAGCAAUACCACGUUGCUGGCGAGAUAUUGCAAGGACAAAGUACCGAAGACCUGCGAUCAUGCCAUCCUGCAGAACACCAGUCGUCCGUGCUCUUUGGUGGAAAGCUUUGUUUCCUCUGGCAGCAGUCUAACCAUAGAGAUGCGCAUGAUCGAGUCGACUGCCCUCAGACCCGUAAACUUCCGCGCUCUGUACGAAUUCGUGGAUCUUCACCAGGACGGCGAUCCUUACGGCAGCGGACCGUGUUCCCGCAUUUUCUACAGUCGGAAUCGAGACCAUUAUCCAGAUCGUAAAUUCCAGGGGCCGCGCGACAUAUUCCUGUACGGUCGCGGAGGGUCAAAGAACAUAAGCUGCGUGUACCGCUUCGAGGGAGAACAUGACGAGGUGGUGAAACUGAGGUUCAACAAGCUCCUCAAUGGGAAUCGCACCUGCCGCAGCGUCGGCAACUCCGAUUUCAAUAGGCUGCUCUGUGUCGACUCCGAGAACUUCUCGGUUAAGGUGCUCGAUUUACCCUGGCCAAAUGCGCCGCCCAUCCAGCGAGAUUGUCUCUGCUCGAAUCGAUCGCUACCCAUCAAUAUCAAAUCUACCUCUAAUAUCGCCGAGGUACAUUUCGCCGUUCUAUCCAUGGACGCCUUGGAUGAUUACAACAAUCUCUUCUUCGAGGGCACCUGGGACUUCGUCAAGACGACGCCUUGCAUGCAGAAACGUAGAGUCAGGGGGCCGUCCGGCGAAAUUAAAUACACGCCACCGAUCGACGAUGACGAGAAAAAUUGCGAGAACCAGCCGUGGCUGAUCGAUCCCGGCCCGGGGCAGUAUUUAUACGUGAAAAUGGACGGUAUAAUCGUAUCGAACAGCACCAAGUGCGCGACCAAGAAUCGCAUCAUCGUGCAUACGGGCGGCGCGAUUCACGUGUCGGUGUGCCCGAGACCACCUGCUGACGUGAGGCACCACGUGGUCGAGGUGUUCAGCGACGGUUGGGCCGUCAGCAGCAACGCGAUGAUCCUCGCGCCGGGACAGGAUCCGAUCCGGACCAUCGCCGUGGAGUUCAUCGUGAAAGAGCCAGCAGCUUCCUACACGGUCACGUGGCUCGAGCUCACCCGAAGACCGUCGGUGACGUCAACGGCGGGCCUACAAAUGUCGCGGGACUGCGAGCAGCGGUGCCCGGAGCUGGACGCCUGCAUAAACGCCUCGUUGUGGUGCGACGGGGUGUCCCACUGCCCGUCCGGCUACGACGAGGCCCUCACGCACUGCUCCGUGCUGCUGCAGCUGCCGCCGCUGCAGCUGGCUCUGGGCGCGCUCGUCAUCCUCACCGUCCUCGGUGUCUCCUGCUUCAUUGUCUGGCGGGCCUGCCGGCGGCGCGGCCGCCGCUCGAUAUCCCAGCACCGUCUGAAGAGCAUCUCCUCCGAGACGGCGAUAAUCGACGGGAAGGAAGUGAUAUGCUGACACAGCGACAGUUCUGUGCGUUACGUCGAGGUCGACCGGGUCACCACUGUGUGACGAUCGCCGUCGUCCACGUGGCCGUCGUCGGCGCGGCUCCCGGCGAUCCUCCGCGGAUCAGCGGCCGGCCUCUACUCGGCCCUGCUCUCCUGAACGAGUCGCCGGGUCGGCCGUCGCUGGAGGAUCUGCGGCACCGCCUCCGCGUAACGCGCAGAACUGUCGUGUGCGAGAGAUUCGGGACGUUAGGUGGGAAGACCGGAGCUCAUCCAUAAUCGGGAAAGCGCGUUCGAUGCUCGAUGACUCGAUGGCGAGUUGGAGAACGCCUCUUUUUUUUCUUUCUUUGUCGAACGAACGCUUUCGUUCCCGGUCGGUCGACGGACCGAUGGGUCUCGUUUUAAAUUCAGAGAAUAAUGACAGGUGAGUUGGAGGCGAGAGAGUCGGGCGAUCUGAUUACAGGGGGACGUCGCGAAUUGUAAAGCAGCGACUGGGACGUGCUCGGGGUCGCAAGCGUCGACGGUGUCCCACCCGGUGUCGGGAUGCAAUAGCGCCAAGUAAAACGUGUAACGGCGGAUUAAUUCGGCGACGUGGCGUGACGUUUGCGCGUAACUUUUCAUCGAGGACACGACACGCGGCGCGCGCGCGGUCCUCCACGUCUACUUUUUUAAAUAAACUUUCGUAACGAUAUACUGCCAUGUUUCCUUCAAUUUUAAGAGACUGACGCGUCUUGUAAAAUGAGAAAAGGAAUCGUUUGGAAUUGAAGUAUCCCGAGACACUUGUUUCUCACUGUCAAUUUUUAGCGGACGCGUGAGAGUCUAGACCGUCGCGAUCGAGUUUUCGCCCAAGUCUCGAUCGCACCUCGCAGACAUCGAAAUAAUCACUGCCGCGAUAACCGGCGGGCACCGGAAGCUCUCGAGUUCCCUGAUACUUUCGUUAUCUUCGCGCGCAAGAUCUUAUUAUUCUCGCGCGAAGCCUUAUUACUUCUCCAAGUACCGUUACACGUCCCAUCCACGCGAAAGUUUUAAUGAUUCCCCGUCGAGCUGCCCGAAAGUCAUCUCGAAACGAGGAGAGAAAAAAGAAAGAGAGAGGAGAGCGUAACGUAAGCUACAGAACUAAAGUGCGAACUACUUUAACGAGGACAAUAAGUAAUAAAAUCCUAGUAGUAUGUUGCUAUUAUGAUAGAACGGCUUGGUGACGAUCGGACGACGCUGCGCCUUGAUCGAACCUCGACGAUUAGCGCGGCCGAGGAAUCGCCGCGUUUUGGCGCAAUGCCGAGAACGCUGUAAAGCACACGAUGCGACGGGGCAGGUCGAUAAUGCGAGUUGUUGGCCAAUUAUAGCGAAUUAUUAUAAGCCGAUGAGUUUCAUCUUAACCGCGUUUUAACAGUCGAGAGUCCGGCGCACCUCCAAUUCAAUUAGAGACGGUAAUUAACGGACGUUAAUGCGACCGCCCCGGCGUCGUCUUAUCUCAUUUACCGAUACCACCUACACGGAGAGAGUUUUUUCGUCAAAUUUAUCCUGAAAAUCAUGUAAUUGUGGGACAACGUGGCAU